AUGAAGGAUGGGACCUUCGACCAGAUGUCCUCUCAUACCAUGGCCCUCAAGCCUCUGCUUCGAAUACUCUCACUCAUAUUGUCGGCUUCCCUCACCACUGCAACGUCAUUCAACCUGUCGAGCGAAAUCACGAGACUUGUGCCAUUGUGUGCCCGUGAAUGUUUUCACUCUCACCUGAGCGCCAACUACGCCCUCGCCACAUGCGGCAGCGCGCCAUCCUUGCAGUGCCUAUGCGCCAAUGUCGGGCGUUCCGAUCUUACCAUAGGGGAGGGUGCAGUUCAAUGUAUCGUGGCGGAGAAGAGUAUCGGAUUUUGUCGCGAGAGCGACGCUCCUCAGACUGUCAUCGACGCGGCGCAUCAAAUGUGCGCGAACCAACCGGGUGCAAUUCGGCCUACGCACACGGCUAUCAUUGCAACAUUGAUCCUGCCUACAUCUGGAGGCAUCAUCGUUGUGCCUCCGAGAACUACUACGCCAUUGAUACCACCGACACCAACAGUCCACUUGACGACUUCAAUCCCGACAACACUCAUCUCGGCGACAGGCACACCGUCCCUCCCCAAGACGCCCACGACCCUCACCGGGUCAAACACCUCCCGCAUCUCUACGACGAGCAGCACGACCAUACUGCCCUCCCUGCAGCCAUCAUCGACAACGACAAAUCCUUCCGCAACGGCACUCCCAGGUCCAGGAGCCGAAGAAGCCAAUUCUGGGUCCUCUGAGCGGCUGGGGACAGGCCAAAUCGCAGGUCUGGCAGUCGGUCUUGCGGCUGCUCUCGGCCUCGCCGUUCUCGCCAUUUGUCUUGCCCGUCGCAGACGGCGAAGGAAUUACCCAGACGUCAAGACAGGAUUCUUGCCGGUGCGCGAGAAGGACUCGUGGGGACACCACCCGCGCGAAGGCCCCGCGAACAUAUUCCACAUCUCUCCGCCCGUCCACCAUGCGCAGUCUCCUUCCCCACCGCCGCGGCCGCCUCCUGCGGCACAAGUCCGGGCGAGCGGCCGUACGAGCUGGUGGCCGGGAGCGAUUGGGUUGGCGGUAUCCCGAUCCGAUAGUCCAUCCACAGCGCUCCGUCCACCUCCUCCGCAACAGAACCGGCCUACCUCGCGGCUACUCCCCGCAAAGCCUUCGCUCUUGUCCCCCAAGCCGGUUCUCUCUCUCAAGAUCCCCCAAAACGGUCUCUCGGCCUCAACGCCUUCCCAGCCUCAGGAGCAGAUCGCGUCUCAACCGACAAACUCCCAGAUCUUCAAAACGGCCAAGCUCACAGCACCGCCAAAGAGGCACUAUGAUGCCCGGGAGAGCACAAUGACCGAGUUUGAGGAAGACAGUGCCAUCACCUCGGCGCGGUCUGCUCGCUCGAACAAUAUCUGGAGGCCGCCGUCGGCCAUAGCCGGCAGCAACCCCAAGUCAGCGACAUAUUACGUCGCCGACAAGAACGGAAAUUGGGUGCUCGGGGACCCCAAGAGCGCCGUUCAUAUGGCACAGAUUGCCGAGCUCGACGCCUCCGGUGCGAGUGAGGGAGGAGGGGCCAGGUCGAAGCCAUCCUACGCCGAGUCGGCCAUGCUUGCAGUCACAGCCACCACAGCGGGCAUCGGUCAUGGAGCCGGUAGCCCCGUCGCUCCCUCUGCCGCUCGCAUGCCUCCGCCUCCGGUGCUUCUGCCCGCGGCAGAGAUUGUCCGUUCCGGCACCCUCGCGGCCCCGCCGGCGGCUCAUCAGUCGCGAUCGUCGAGCGUGUAUUCUCAAGGCACCAAGCGGCCUAACGCGAGCGUCCAGAGUGCUGGUGCUCCUCAGACCGGCGGAGCAUCCCACCCUGCACCGAGCAUGUCCUUUUCGCACCCUGAGCCACCACGCCGUCGAAGCAACUCCCUCGGCCGGCGCAGCUCUUCUAAGUCUAAAGCCGUCAACACCGGCGCCGUUCCUGUGACCGCAGUCGCGGCCGCGGCCAACACCGUCAACGCCCCGAAACGCUCAGACAGCCACGACUCGCAAGGCUCGGCCACCACAAUCGCCUCCUCUGUCGCGAGCUCCGCGCCCGAGCCCGUCAUCGAGCAAAACAGUCUUUCCCCCGUUGUCGAGUCCCCAGUCUCGAACGCGUCCCCGAACGGCCGUUCCCCGGUAUCCUACCCCGCGAUCCCUGGACGCACCACUUCAAAGCCUCGCAACGACAACCUCCAUCUCCUGGCCCCUCCCACGCGAACUUACGGGGGAUUCCCUCCCGGCCAGCCCAGUCCUACUCUCGGCAUAACGCAGCAGCGGCGGCCGCCCCGCGAUGGGCCGUACAUGGCCAGCUACGACGUGCCUCGCAAACCUAUCGCCAGGCCCCGUCCUGCUGCCGCCGCUGCCACCGCUGACCCGAGCAAGGUGGCGACUGGUUCGCCGUCACUCCGCCUUGUGACUCCGUCCCCUCCCUCCGGGACCGAAGUCUUGCAGCAGGAACCCCACUGGAGGCCUGCGCAGACCCAGCGGCCGCCGCAGAUGAAGCCCCUCUACCCUCCGCCUCUCCAGCCCCAACGGCCGCGGGUCGAGCGUAGCGAUUUCCACCCGCAACCCCAGACGGCACAGGUCCAGCACGCGCCCCUGUACCAGGAACCUCAGUCGGCGACCGUCCACAAGGCACUCUGGGGGAACCCGCCUCUUCGUGCUGCUCAGAAACAACAACAGCAGCAGGAGCAGGAGCAGCAGUGGUCCAGCUACGCGGCUCUUCCUUCUCAGCAGCAUCGGCAGCUUCAACAGCUUCACCCUCAGACAAGCCAACAAUCCUUCUCGCAGCGCCAGCGCCGUCGCUCCCAGCAACAGCAAAGGCAAUCCUUCCAGCCCGCGGCUCUUCCCGAACAAUCCCCGCCGCCGAAUCAGCGCCUUCCCGAACGGCCCUCGUCAGCCUCCCCAUCGCCACACCAUGUCGCAGCCCAAGCCCUGCGCCCAACACCGAAUCUCACCUCUACCCCAGAAUCAGUAUCGUCAUCAUCAACGAUAAAACCAACGGCACCCCCUCCCCGGCCCCCGUCCCCCCCGGCAACCUCCCCAUCUGUCGCCACGCCCUCGACGACGUCCUCGCUUCUUUCCAAGCGCCUCGGCUCCGAACGAGCCGCCGCCCUCGCCCUCCCGACGGCGGGCAUCCGCCACAGCCCCAACUGGAGACCCUACCGACCGGGCGGGGCCGCGGACACACUCCUCUCGCCCGACAACUUUUUCCCCGCGGCCCCGGGGUUCCCGUCUCGGUCCGUUGCCGCUGCGAGGGCGGGGGACCUGCCCAGCACGCCGACCUGGCAGCCGACACUGACGCCGACGCGGCGGGGUGACGACUUGUUUCUGAACGUGCAAUGA